UCUCUCUCUCUCUCUCUCUCUCUCUCAGUCUAGAGCGAGGAGUCUUGUCUGUCGCUCUUCUGGUGGUGAAGCGAAAAAAUAAAAUAAAAAAAAGAAAGGAAACAAACGAACAAGAAAAUAAAGGAAGAUGGAAAAAUUUUGGUGAAUUUACGUAAAAAAAAUAUUGAAAAAAAAACGAGAAGAAAAAAUAAAUAAAUCAAUAAAUAAAAUAGAAAUUGAAUUAAGUGCUUGAGAAAAUGUGUUUGUGUGUUCGUGUGUUUGUUUUGUUUAUACUUUGAAGUGUAAACAAACUGAUUAUACACGCGAUUGUGAAAAAUUGUUGUUGUUGUUGUUGUUAUUAAAAAACCACAAUUCCUACCACAACCAAGCUGGCCUUAAUUGCUGACCACCUGGUGACGCGCGCACAGAGUUCCUCGGCGGCCUCCCCCCACGGACCCCGGGAACCACCACCACCACCACCACCACCACCGUCACCACCACCACCACCACCACCACUACAACAUCGCAAACUCACUACCACCACCACCACCACCACCACCACCACAGCCACAGCCUUUAGCCCUCCUCUGUGAUAACACUGUGUCCUUUUAGAGAGAGAGAGAGAGAGAGAGAGAGAGAGAGAGAGAGAGAGAGAGAGAGAGAGUUAAAUAGAUUUCUCAUAUAUAUAUAUUUACUUACAGACAGACAGACAGACACACACACACACACACACACACACACACCAUUGAUGCCUUAAAGAAGAUACUUAAAUGUUAUAGAAACGAACAAACAAACAAACACUACUACUACUACUACUACUACUACUACUACUACUACUACUACUACUACUACUACUAUUUCAAGAUGGGGCGAAAGAAGAUUCAAAUAUCUCGCAUUACUGAUGAGAGAAAUAGACAGGUGACGUUCACCAAGCGGAAAUUCGGAUUGAUGAAGAAAGCUUAUGAACUGUCCGUGCUGUGUGACUGUGAAAUUGCUCUGAUCAUAUUUAACUCCUCAAAUAAGCUGUUCCAAUACGCCUCCACGGACAUGGACAAAGUGCUUCUCAAGUACACGGAAUAUAACGAACCUCACGAGUCAAGGACCAAUAACGACAUUGUUGAGGCCCUGAACAAGAAGGAACACAAGAAUGGAUUACAGUCCCCAGAUUCCCCAGACGUUGAGGCGGAGUACAGUCUUACUCCAAGGACGGAAGCAAAAUAUAAUAAGAUUGACGAAGAAUUUACUCUGAUGAUGCAGCGGAACCAGAUCAACGGAAGCAGGCAACCCGUGGGACUGAACAACUACAAUACAAUGGCUGUCAGUGUCCCCGUCAACGCAGCCAGCUAUGACCCAGCAUUGAUGCAGCCGUCACCUCAGAUGUCUCACGCCUCACUGUCCCCGCGCCCUGGUUCCUCCUCUGGCAUGCUGGAUAUGAAUGGGUCUAACGGUUACCCUGCCUCCACUUCCCCCCUCCCGCAUGGUAGGGGGCGGCGGGGGGCGUCCUCUCCCAAUUUACUCCCGCGGCCUCACGCUUCUAAGACUCAUUCACCGACUCGUCACAACCUUCGUGUUCUAAUUCCCAAUUCACAAGCACAGACAACACCCCGGCCCGGCUCGCCCACACUGAACACCCCAGUCGUGUCCCUGCAAAACUCCUCAGCCAAUCAGGUCAUGUCCACCUAUUCCUCUCUCAACACGUAUGCGCAUCAAGAUUUUCCUAUAAGCGGCGAUAUUUCCAUUAAUCCACUGAACCCGCUCCAUCAGUGGACAGCCUCGGGGAGCUUAGGCAUGCCGCACCCCAGUCUGCCCCACCUCAGCGUGUCCUCCUCCACCCCUCCACCCCCCUCCUCCCCCAUUAAGGUCAAGACAGAACCCCUGAGCCCCUCCAGAGACCCUUCCUCCUCCUCCUCCUCCCUCCCCCCGCCCCCCUCACCUGCAGCGCCCCCCUCCUCAGACCCCGGCCACCUCUCCCCCGCCCCUCCCUCCCACCUGGGCCCGUCCACCCCCCACGCAGCAGCAGCAGCAGCACACGGCCUGUACACGAGUGCUUUGCCAGGCCACCUCACCCCUACCUCCCAUGCGUCGCCCGAAGCACCCCCACAUCACACACAAGAUUUCGACUCCCCACACUCAAAACGGCCCAGAAUUUCUGACACUUGGAACAAUUCAUGAGAAGGAGGAAGAGGAGGAGGAGGAGGAGGAGGAGAAGGAGGAGGAGGAGGAGGAGGAGGUAGGGAGGGAGGUGUUUGCAGUGCCUGGGAGGGGGAGGGCCUUGGGGGGUUGGGGUAGCCGUCCUAACUUAUAAAUGUUUAUAAGUGUUUAUUACUGCUACUAUUACUACUACUAUUACUACUACUAUUAUUACUAUUAUUACUUGUAUGGAUAUGUAAUUUUUUUUUAAUUAUUAUUAUUAUUAUUGUGUUGUAAUUCUUCUUUCUUUGAUGUCUCUUAAACUACUACUACUACUACUACUACUACUACUACUACUACUACUACUACUACUACUAUUCCUUCCUUCCUG